ACGGAAAGCCCAUGCUCCGCCAGGGAGACACAGGAGACUGGAUCGGGACGUUUCUCGGACACAAAGGCGCCGUCUGGGGCGCCACUUUGAAUCAGGACGCCACGAAAGCAGCUACCGCAGCGGCAGAUUUCACAGCCAAAUUGUGGGAUGCCAUUUCAGGAGACGAGCUGCUCACUUUGGCUCACAAGCACAUUGUCAAAUCUGUGGACUUCACUCAGGACAGCAAUUACCUGUUGACAGGGGGGCAAGACAAGCUGUUGCGUAUCUAUGACUUAAACAAGCCAGAGGCGGACCCUGAAGUGGUGAGUGGCCACACGUCUGGUAUUAAGAAGGCUCUGUGGAGUAGUGACGACAGCCAGAUCCUUUCAGCUGAUGAUAAAACUGUCAGACUCUGGGACCGAAGUACAUAUACUGAAGUGAAGGCCAUCAACGUGGCCAUGUCUGUGAGCAGCAUGGAGUACAUCCCGGAAGGGGAGAUCUUGGUGAUCACCUACGGAAGGACCAUCGCCUUUCACAGUGCAGAAACCCUGGAGCAGAUUAAAUCAUUUGAAGCGCCUGCAACAAUCAAUUCUGCAUCGCUUCACCCUGAGAAAGAGCAGCAUUGGGAAGUUGCCCAGCAGGAAGACGAAGGCGGAGAGCUGGUGAAACCAAAGGUCAGCCUUCCGGGAACUGCGGAAGAAGAACUAGAAGAGCUCGGCUCUGAAAAUUCAGACACCAUCUACAGCACGACCCCCGAAGUCAAGGCCUGAGGUUCGCGGCUGCCGACUGCAACACACGGACAUUUUGAGACGAAAAUCAAGAAAGCAACGGCAUGCAGCGGCCUCCCUGGGUGCACACUGUACCCAAGGCAGAGAUGGGCAGUCAUUGACGAGAACGCAUCGGAGCUGGUUGACUUUGAAGAGAGCGGGGCGAGUCGGACGGCAGCGGGUUUUGCCGUCUUCCGGCAACCGCUGCCUUUUGGGUUUUUUUUCUGAAUGUGAUACAGCGGCAGCGAUUCCAGUUCCUCCAACUUCAGUUAUAACUCAUUGUAGCGUUUAUUAUCGAGGAGAAAAUGUAACGGCAGAGUGUGUGAAAUGGGGGAAGAGUCGGCAGAAGAUGGGGGUUGUAUCGUUUUAAAAAAACUGAUCUGGGGUUUUGUUUUGGGUUUCAUUUGUUGUAUGUUGCUUCUGUUUCCAACAGUCUAAAUAAAACGCCUGUCACAGCCACCAGAACCCUAUGGAGGCUUAGACAAGGAAGAAGUUAGACCAUCUGUUUCCAAACAGGCCAGUGUAGUGCAUUCGAGCUGUUAUUCAAAGGAGGGGAGCGAAGGGUGACCUGUGGUUCUGCACAGUAGGUGGUUGCGUGCCCUGCUGUUUGAGGCUUGUAUUCUCCCACCCCUCCUUCUUUCAGUAAAUUUUUCUAUUCAAAAAGUUUCUCUCUUAGCAGUAACACAUGGGAAGAUGCAUGUAUCAUAACUGCCGUGAUUAAACAUAAUACC